GCGGAAUUCUUCUUUUUCUUCCUUACUUAGUCGCGUUUGUGGAGUUCGAGGGGGCGAAAAACAAAAUUGUUUCUCGUGAAAUUAUCCAGGAAAAAUGCCUGAAUCCUCCAACACAGUGUUCGACACGAAGGGCUUCAAGGCGGAGGACCAUGUCCGAGGGCUUGUCCAGGAGUGCGUCGGCGGUCCUGAACUGCUUCAGCGGAAGGCAAAGAUCCAGACGUACAGUGAUCAGACGUCCACAGCCCUCAAGAAGCACGUGUACGACAACUACAUGAAGUUCAUCGACACGGCGAAGGAGAUUUCGCAGCUGGAGUCUGAGAUGUAUCAACUUUCCCACAUUCUCAUUGAGCAGAGGAAUCUGCUGGGCACUCUCCGGGAGAGCCACGUGGUGGAUGACCCACGGAAAGUGUUGCUGGACGGCGAUGGCUCCGGUGACAAGGAGGCUGGCCCUCGAAGUCUGGACGCAAAAGCGAAUGAAGAGACACAGAAUCGCAACACUGUUGCUCUGAUCCGGGAGUCCCUGAGCGGCUAUUCGGGAGUGCUGGACAACAAAACCUUUGUCCACGAAGGAGGUCUCAUUGAGUUGGACUCCAAUGACUAUCGGCCAAUCUGUCGCACGUACUUCUUCCUCUUCAGCGACACUCUGAUUGUGGCGAAGGUGAAGCAUGACAAGAAUCUGGAGUUUCUGGCUGAGUAUGAAUCAAAGAAGCUGGCCGUGAUCAACAUCCGAGAUUUGGACGGCGUGAGGAAUGCCAUUAACAUCAUCACGCCGGACGGGAGUCGCAUCUUCCAGUGUAUCAGUCCGUCGGCCAAGGCGGAGUGGAUUGAGAAGUUCGAGGUGAGCAUGAAGGGUCAUCAGCGUCACCGGAAAGGCCCUGCCCCGGCGCCCCCGAUGGCAGUGAGACAGAAAUCGAUUGUGGACACUGUGAGUCUGUCCAGCGACGCCACGCUGAGUCCCACAACUGAGCACACUCCGCUCAUCUUCGCGCCGGAUUGGCUGUCUUCAGCUCCGGAGGAGAUCCAGGCAUUGAUUGCCCAGCGCCACUUCGAAGACACCCUGGCAUUGCUGCAGAAGUGUGAGGAAUACCUUGCCAGGGAUAGUGCAUUUCAUGGGGCGGCGGAAAUGAGGGAGAAGAUGAAAAAUCUGAAGGCUUCUCUCGUGAGUGUUCUGCUGCUGGAAUUGUCGGCCAGUCAGAGCAGGAGUCUUCAGGCGGCUCUCAGAUCCGCGCGGCGGCCGCUGAAGCUGCUGGCGGAGAUGCGAAAGGCCAGGGAAGCGUGUGGAGCCCUCCUCGGCGUCUGCACGACGGCCAUUCGCACAGCUCAGCGUCAGGCGAGGAGGAACAACUUGGGCGUGGCUGAGAUCUUCUUCUGCGACCUGGCGCAGGUGGUAGCGGAGUUUGUGGGUGCGUUCGGCACCCAGGCUGCCUGCACGGCGAGCCUGGUGGUGUGGUGUCACCAGGAGCUGCAGUACUUCGCGUCGCAGCUCAUCAAGCACUACUUGGGCAAGGGAACGGACCUGGAGGCCGUGGCGAACUGCGUGGAACUCGUGCGAGUGCCCUGUGGCCGGCUCACAGAGAUCGGCCUGGACGUGGGCUAUCACAUAGAGGGGCUGCUGAGGCCCACGCUCGAGGGAUUGCUGGCGGAGGCGAAGGAGCGCCUGAUUGGGGCUACGCAGCGCAUCGAAGACAACUGGCAGCCCUGCAAUCUGCGCACAAAGCAAGCCCUGAGGAGCACUAUGAAGGAGUUCGAGGCGUUCGGCAUCAGUCUGAAGCCUCUGGUUACGGGCGACACGUUCAUCAGCCUCACGCAGUCCACGGUGAACUUCUGCCGGCAGUUCUUCGUCACCACGCUGAGCUGCGCCACUCUGGCCAAGUAUGAGACGCUGAAGCAGGAUGCCGAGGUGUUGGUGAAGGAGCUGUUCGUGGCACAAUUCGGCCUCAAGGCUGAUCCGUCUGCGGCGAUCGACUUGAACUUCGUCAGCCGCAAUAAGCAGUUUCUCGUGGACAGAGUGCUGCCGGCGGCAAUCGCGCUCUUCGAGAGCACCAGCGGCAGAUCCUGCGAACUCCUGCCCGAGCUGAAAGCCUUGGCGACCAAGACGGGCAAUGCGCCGAAACCCAAGCCGCGCAGCAUCUACCAAACGGACGUUCUGUAGAGUGCCAGCAGUUCGACACAUUCUCAGCACGCAGCCUUAUAAUUGUGCAAACCUUCAGAAGACACGCGAAGUAUUUAUUUAUCAUUUCAAGGGUAAUAAAGACGAGACUAUGAAAUUAAUCAGCAAUCAUUUAUUAUAAUAAUUAAGUUACAUAAGAAAAAUACAUAAGUUUUGUCUUUUUAAAUUCAACAAUUUAUUAAAAAUGUAUGAAAUUUGUGGUAAGAAGAUGAAUUAAACGAGUGUUCUGAUGAGCAACUAAAAUGUUUUAUUAGGAGUCCCUCCCUAUCAGUUCAAGUGUCCUUAGAAAGAUGCCACAAGAUUAUUUUGCCUUUAAUUAUUUUAUUAUCACCUCGUCCGAUAGAUCUGGCCGCAUCUGAAAAAAAAGAAAGACAGUAUCAAAAUCUUAUAUAUUAAAUUCAAUUAGAGCAAUUUAUCACUUGGAUUUUUUAUUAUUAAUUUUUUUCUUUUUUUAUUAUAUUAUUAUAUAUCACAGGAAUUUUCACGGGCUUUACACGCCACACCACAAUAUCACCAAACUUUAUUCACAAUAAUUUAAUGAUCGCAGUUCACAAUGAACCACGUCACCAAUUUUAUUGUUUUAUAACCUGAUUUUCUUAUUUUGCUACACUCUUCACUCUUAUUACACUAUUAUUUUAACAUUCUUCACUCUAUUAUAGUUUUCACACAAUAUUUCACAUUUCUUCACUCCUUUUUACAUUCUUCUACACUAUUUUUUACAUUUUUCACUCUUUUUACAAUUUUCACUUACAUUUUUCAAUCUUUUUUACAUUCUUCUACACUAUUUUUUACAUUUUUCACUCUUUUUACAAUUUUCACUUACAUUUUUCAAUCUUUUUUUACAUUCUUCUACACAAUAUUUUACAUUUUUCACUCUCAUUACAAUUUUUUAUUUACAUUUUUGACUCUUCUUUACAAUUUUCAUUAUACGUUUUCACUAUUAUUCACUAAAAUUUUACUUUAUACACAGGAUUUUUAACAAUUUUACACAUUAAUUUGAGUUUUCACCAUAAUUUAGCACUUUUCAAGUAUCAAAAUUAGUAAUGGUAAAAAUACUGCACCUGAUCAACAGAAUAAUAUGGCCAGAAAUGCCAGUUUUGGCCAUCGAAACCAACUUCUAUAUAAUAUAGAUUGCAAAAAAUAAUCGGCGUAAUCAUAAUUUGUUCCAUGUUUUCCAUAUUUGCUUCUUUUCAACUAUUAUUUCGGGUUUUUGUUUUUCACGCUAUUUUCACGUCUCUUCUCUUCGCUCUUCACUGUACGACUGAGAAUUUUUCAGAACUGCACUGAUAUUUAUACCCUCGGCCGACCCGAACGAGCCGAGCACGCCGAGAGCCAAUGAGCGCUUUGCGAGCGAGCCGUAACCCUGGCGACGGGCAGUUUUGCAACAAUAC